AAGCAACCUCUUGGCUUUGCAACCUCAAAUCCCAAGCCCCGAGUCUCCACAGGGGACUGAGAAAGGGAAGACGGGCAGCCACUCUUCCCAGCUUUAUCUGCUGUGACUGUGCCUGCCCCGCCUUCCUCCUGACCGGCCAUCCCAGAGCUACCUGGUUCGGUUCCACAACCACCAGUUGAGAACCCCCAGCUGCCUGGGAGCCACUGCUGGAGGCCACAGAGAUGGUCAGGGUUAGGGCUCCUGGUCUUGCAGGGCAGAUGUGCCCCCCAAAUAGCUGUGCUCACCUUCCAAACGGUGAAGGGAUCAGCCAUGGGCCGUGAAAGUUUCACAGGGAAGGGACAUCUGAGCGGGGCCGACAGCACCGAAGGCCUACCCCAUCAGAAAGACCCAAGUUUAAAUAGACUCUGGCCCCCCUGCUGCUGCAUGGUCUUGGCAAAUUAUGUCAUCUUUCUGAGCCUCAGUUUCCUCAACUGUAAAACGAAGAUGGUUAUAGCACCUACCCAUAGGGUGGUCGUGGGCCUUACGUGAGACAACACAGAGAGAAGGCUCAGCAAAGUCUCUCUAAGAAGCUGUGAUGACGAGGAGGAGGAGGAGAAGGGGAGGAAGAUGAGGGAUGAAGGUGGUCAUUUCAAUCCACCUCCACCCUUGUCUCUGUAUUCUCCUGCCAGCUGGAGUCCGACCCGUGCACAGACUUUACAAUUGACAAAGCGUUCUGCCUAACACCAUGUCACAGAAGCCUCGAGACAGCUGUGUGAGGUCAAGAGAGAGGAAGUCCUCGGCUUCGCUUCACAGAUGAACAAACGAGCUCAGAGAGGGUGCAUGCCCUCCCUCAGGUCACACAGCUACAAAGUGGUAGAGCUGGGACAAAACCCAGAUCUCCUCCCUGCCUGGCGGCCCCUUCUCAGGGUGAAGCCAGGCACUGUCGGUUGAACUCAGCUACCGGUGAUCUGUGGCCCUGGUCCUGCCAGGGUGCCCUGCUCAGACUGGGCUUGAGGAGGGUCUGUGGGGCAGGGCUUCAGGUUUCACCCGGAGACCUCGCUGGGCUGCACAAACCGAGACGACAGCAGCAGCGCCAGGCUGCAGAGGGGCGUGUUAGGGAGUGAGGAAUGUGUGUCCUGCCAAUGCCACAGACACCUGGCUUCAUCUGGGGCCACCACACUUGCCAGGACGGAUCCAACCCCAGAAAGGAAGCUGGUUGCAAAAGCAGACCCAGUCACUGUCCAGCAAAUAUUUAUUAGAUGGGGUCCUUGCAAUGCGCUUGUCUCCUACCCCUCCAAAAGCCGAUGAGAAAAAUCUAGUGGCCCCUGGUCACCAAGGACUGAGUAGUGUGGUAAGCCAUGCCUGGCACCGCAGGUCUCACCUGAGCUAUCCUGCUCCAUCCUCCCAGCUGCCCUUCAGGGGAGUGAGUUAGCGCUAUUUAGAGACAAGGAAACUGAGGCUCAAGGGUGUUAGGAUACCCAUCCAGUGUCUUAUAGAUAGAGAGUAGUAGAUUUUCAUCAUCCAAAGCUUAUGUUCUUUCCAUUCUCUGGGAUGCUGAGAGGGCAAGACUGUGAUGUUUCAUUUUUAUAUGUCAACUUGACUGGACCACGGGGUGCCCAGACAUUUGUCCAAACAUUAAUCUGGGCAUGUCUGUGAUGCCCAGACAUUUUUUGGAUGAGAUUAGCGUUUGAAUCAGUAGACUGAGUAAAGCACCUCCCCGGUGUGCGUGGGCCUCGAAUCCAUGGAAGACCCGACUAGAACAAAAAGGCAGAGCAAGAGGGAACUCCUCUCGCCUGACCACUCACACUGGCACCCUGGUCUUCGGACUUGGACUGAACAUUGGCUCUUCUCGGGCUUCAAGAUUACUGGCUUUGGGGCUAGAAUUUAUACCAUUGGCUCUCCUAGUUCUCAGGCCUUCAGCCUUGGAUUGGAACUACAUGUCAGCUCCCCUGGGUCUCUAGCACUUGACUGCAGGGAUUGGGACUUCUAAGCCUCCACCGUUACCUGAGUUAAUUGGCUCUAAUAAAUCUCUUUACAUAUACACACACACACACACACACACACACACACAUUAAAUACAUAUACACACUCUAUUGGUUCUGUUUCUCUGGAGAACCCUGACAAAUACAAAGACCAAAUCUUGGGCUUCCAGGCACAAGUUGGCUGCUUAUUUGGGUGUGGAAGGCUCAGCUAUCAGACUGUGCCAGAGGCCAGAUAUCUGAAUAUCUAGAACAAUUGUCUAAUUUGAUCCAAAAGUUCCCUCUGUUCCAAAGGCCACAACAGGAAGCCUGACAGGGGAAGGGAACUGCCUGGCCAAAUAAGCACAGCCAAGUAGCAGAAAUCUUGGCCUUUUCUUAUAUAUAUUUUUUUAACCCAAACAUUCCCAAGUAUUCAGGAAGAAGUGUCAACUCCUUCCAGGCACCCCAGUGGAAAUAGCAAUACUAGCAUAGUCCACUAGGUGGGGCCAGUGACACAGUGGAAAGAGCAGAAAUACUGGCGGGGGUGGGGGAUGCAGAGGUUGGAAUCUCAGAAACUGCAGGUUGGAUAAAUGCUCCCCUACCCCUAUCUCUGGAGACUUCUAGCCAAUGGUGCAAAAAUGAGUCCUGGGGGCCCCAAGCACUUUAGUGGGUUGUCACUCUGUCGUGUCUCUAGAUUUCAAAGUCCUCAAACUGAGUUAUUCCAUCAUGAGCCACCAAGCAAAGCAGGCAGCCACAGGUGAAGUCAUUGCUGCAAAGCCCCAGAGCACCAGGUGGGGCAUCUCCCCGCUGAGCCUGUGAUGUGAUCUCUUCACUAGAGAAAACACCUGGCAGUACCUUUCACCUGGGAAUCUAAAAAUCAAACGCUCCAGCAAGGUGGUUGUGUGAUGAGGGAAGGAAACGGGGACAGGAAGCAAAGAGGACGGCAGAGAGGGGAGAGGGAACAGCAAAGCCCCUGGCCCUGCGAUGAGAUCCACAGGGCACCUUCCUGCCCUGCUCACAGUGGGUAAGAGCCGAGUCCCACCGGGGCCUCUGAGCCCUGCUGUGGUCUGAGCCCUGAAGGCAGAGAUGGGGAGCAAGUUUUCUCCUUCUUGCUUUCCCCUGGUGGGUCUCAAUUCACCCCCUGGAAUACCCUCUCCUCUACUGGUAGCAAAAAACCUUGCCCCUGCGUAUCCACAACGGCUGUCUCCAACUGGCCACCCCUUCUUAGGACCACAGGGCAACAACACCCCAGACUGCUGACUGUGGGGGGCCGUGGGGCUGAGCAACACCUGUGCUCGUCCCCUCCACCUCCCACCUGCCCCCAUCAUCCCUUCCCAAACGUGCACUGCCUGCAGUCGCUAAGCGCUGCCUCAGCCUCUGUUGCCAUGGCAACAGUGUGGCUUCCCCCAAGUGGGAAGCGGUUGCCAAGGCCCUGGUUGCCAAAGGCUAUAACAGCCACCCCGGUGUGUGAAGAGGGGCCCACAGGCCACAUCUGCAGCCACUGCCCUGCCUGGGUGCAGGGGGAAGGCAGUGGUCCCUGCGAGAGCCCUCUCCCCAUCCUGCCAAGGAAAGAGACUGCAAGGGAAGCCGAAAGAGGAGGGACCGCGGGCUGGACCGAAGAGAGAGGCACCUCGGGGCUCCACAGUGAAAGGGCUGCAAGGCUGGCCCCAGAAGGCCCUGCGUCAAGCCCGGUCACUGCAGGUGACAGCAUGAGGGACCCUUCCACUCCCCCCACCCCACCCUGUGGCCUGUUUGCCUCCUCCAGCCCUGACCUGCCAGGGCCAGGAGUGGAGAACACGGCAGGGCUGCUGCUAGGGCCCGUCUUGGAUCACCUUGUGCUGGGGCCACCACCCACCGGGAGGGGUGGAGACUCCUUGCACACUCGUCACCGGGCAAGGGAAGAAGAGACUCAGCAUGUCUGGAGACCAAUGGAGCCAGCACCGUGGUGGGUACGGAGACACAAAGAGCACAGCGCCAGUCCCCCUGGGCUCCGCGAUAGCCUGGUGCCAGCGGUGGCCUCCCACACACUGGACGGCCCAGUGGCAGCGCCCACUUGUCAAAUACUCCCCAAUGUUUCUGGGUGGGAUUCCCUGGGCCAGGCAUCUUGGGAUGUCACCGCAUGUGACGGUGGAGGCUGCGGGUCCUGUCCCCACCCUCUGCUCAGAUGCCACUUCCUCCAGGUUGUCUCCCCUGGUGGCUCAGCUCAGAACUCGGACAGCAGGUGCCUGUGUGGGUCCCGCUCCUUUGUUCCUGAGCCCCUGGGCAGGAACCGGGUGUCUCGGUCAUCACUGUGUACCCAGCACCCACGGGCCAGCACGCAGCAGGCUCUCGGUAAGCGUGCGUGGAGUGCAUGAAUGAGCAGAGGAAUGCACCGUCCUCAGGUCUGAGGUCGGAGCCAGGUCCCAGCCAGCCAAGUUCUCCACGGGGGCCCUGGCUCCUCCUCCUCUGUCACAGCCCUCGGCAGCCAGCAGCCUGAGAAUGGUGUCAACGGGUCACCAGGACGCCUGGCCACGGCCUCACUAAGUCCAAUCUGGCCUCUUGGCAGCCGAGCACUUCCCUAAGCUCGCUGCACCUGCUCCUCCUGACUUCCUCUUCCAGUCCCUGAGCUGACGGCCCAUUUAGCUGUCAGGCCAUGUGGGCUAUUUUUUUUUUCCCUAAGACAGGCAAAAGUAAGCAAUAGAGCCAAGAGCUCAGAUUCCAUCAGGCCACGCUGACUCUUCUGUGCACUGACCGAGCCCCAGGAGUCGUAGGGAUGGGGCCCUCACACUUGAGCUACUAAUAUUUCCCAAGGGCAGGAGUAGAAGGGACAACGGGGGGAGGGGGGGUGGCUCGCCUCCACGUCACAGUCUGGCGUUUCCUGCAGGGCGGGAAGGUCUGUGCCAGUCUUCCCCGAUGUGUGGACAAUUCAUGCUUAUCAGAGAUACAGACCACGGUCUCCGCCAUCUCUUGCCCCUUUCAGCCUAACCAUAUCUCUUAUUCUCCCCAGUUUACAGACAGGGUCACUAAGUCUUAGAGAUAUUUGCCUAAGGUCACAGAAAGGACCUGAACCUGAGAUCUGACUGUCUGUCUACGCAUGCCAUUCUUUCCCCUCUGAAUCUCACUCCAGAGGAGUCCCCUUUCACCGCCUUCCUUGUGAAGGGAGGCUGACCAAAGAUGGGAACAAGAGGCAUCUGAGAGUGAGGUGCUGGCAAAGUGGGAGGCCCAGGAGUGCGGAAAGUGCCCAUGAAGCUCUCUGUUCCCUCUAUGUCCCACAUUCCCGUUCCUCCUCCUGUUGCCAGUUUGGAAAGUAGAUGUGAUGGCCAGAGCUCUGGCAGCCAUGUUAAACCAUGAGGUGAACCUGAGGCUAGAAGCCAGCACCAAAGAUGGCUGAACAAAAAGCUAAGCAUCACUAAUGGCACAAUGGAGCCAUCAAUCCACCUCACCAUAGAGGAGAAAGAGAGAGAGAGAGA